AUGAUAUUUUUUUAUCAAAUAAAUUGUUAUUGUGAACCUGGAUUAAGCUGUAAUGAGUGUGAACUAAUAAAUACUGAUGAGAUAUGCUAUAUGGAAAAUUCUAAACUUCCUAAUUUUUAUUGUGAUAUAGAAAAUAAUAUAAUAAAAUUAAGUGAAAAUUCAUAUUUUUAUUGUAAUAAUAAAAAAUGGUUUUUAAAAUAUUGUGAAAAUGGUGCAUUAUUUGAUGUAAAAAUUAAUGAUUGUUAUAAAGAAUUAUUAUUAAAUAAGAAGGUUAAACGAUCUUCUGGUGGAUCUAGAGCUGGUGAUAUAUGUCAAUUUAAUACAGACUGCCAAACAGGAAUGUUUUGUUCCUCAGGAAUUUGUACAUGUCUUUCAGAUUAUGUUUCUAUUUCUGGAUAUUGUUGGCCAAAAGUUAAUCCUGGACAAUCAGGUUGCCAUGAAGAUAAACAAUGUUUUGUUGUCUGGCCAAAUACAAAAUGUUCACCGAGUGGUGUAUGUGAAUGUUCAGAGGGAUAUGUUCCAUCAAGAACAAGAGAUGGUACUGUAUGUAUAACAUCAUCAGUUCCUCCAGCAUGCCCAUUACCAGAGUCACCAGAUAAUGAACCAAAUCCAUCAACACUUUUGGCAAAUUCUAAAACACAUCCUUUAUCACCAGGAAAUUAUAUGCCGAUAUUAUGUACAUCAACAUCAACAGAAGUUUUUAAAUCAAAUGGUGGUGAUGGUUCUACAUGGUGUAUCUAUCCUGAUGGUGAUAAUGAUAUUUAUAUAGCAGAUAUUUAUGAUUGUUUAGAAACACCUCAAGUAAAUAAUUAUUUAUUUAAAGAAUAUGCCCCAUCAGUUAAUGGAAUAUGUUGUCCUUCUCGGGCAUUUGUUUGUAUACAACCAAUGGAACAAGGUGAUCAACCAUCAAUACCAAGAUGGUAUUAUAAUCCAAUAUCAGGAGCUUGUAGUCAAUUUAUGUGGGAUCCAAAUGUUGGUGAAAAUGUUAGUCCAAAUAAUUUUAAGACACAAGAACAUUGUGAAACAUAUUGUGGUUCAUGUAAAAGAGGAUCAACACAAUAUUAUACUUCAAAACAUUCAAUAUUAGAUGAUACACCAGUAACAAAUUGUAUGCAAUCAUCAUCAACAUGUUCUAGUGAAUUUCAAUGUUCAUUACUUGGGUCAACACAAGCAUGUUGUCCUUCAAUUUCAAAUAUAUGUUCACCUUAUGGUGGUAGACCACAUUUUGUUAAACCAUUAGGAAUGUAUGAUAGAGGAAUAUCUAUACAUGGAUUUAAAACAGUUACAAGAUUUUAUUAUGAUUCAAAUCAAGGAAAAUGUAUUAACUUUUUAUAUGAUGGUUUAGGAAAUUUUAAUAAUUUUAUAACUAAAUUUGAUUGUGAAAAUUAUUGUUCAAGAUUAAUGUGUCCAUUUGGUAAUCCAUUAACAGUUGGUGAAGAAUGGCAAAGAUGUGAAAGUAGUACAGAAUGUCCCUCAUCACAUUUAUGUGAUACAACACAUAAAGUUUGUUGUCCAACAGCACAAAAUAUUUGUAGUCAACCAAAACGUCUUGGUGAAUGUAAACAAUCAGUUAGAAAAUAUUGGUAUAAUAUUGAAAUGAGACAAUGCCAAUUAUUUGAAUAUAGUGGUUGUAAUGGUAAUGAUAAUAAUUUUGAUUCAUUAACAACAUGCCAACAAACAUGUAGAAAUAUUGCAUUAGAACCAAAAUGUCCACAAGGUAGAGCAUACAGAGAUGUUAAUGGAAAUUAUUUUACAUGUUCAUCUAAAAAUAGUGAUCAAAAAUGUCCACCAAAUUAUAAUUGUUAUUUUGAUGGUAAUUCAUAUGGUUGUUGUCCAACAAAAAGUUAUACAUGUAGUUUAAAUAGUGAUAAAGGUGUUCAAUGUGGUGCUGGUACAUCAUUUAAAUAUUAUUUUAAUCCUAAUAAAAAUACUUGUGAAGCUUUUCAAUAUUUAGGUUGUGAUGGUAAUUCUAAUAAUUUUCAAACUCUUGAAGCAUGUGAAGAAUAUUGUGGAAUUGUAUGUCCACAUGGUGGUCAACCAUUAAGAGAUGUAUCUUCAAAUCAACUAAUAACAUGUUCAAAUUCAAAUCAAUGUGUUGAUACUCAUGAAUGUGUAACAUUAAAUUCAAAUGGUAAUGUUGUUCAGAGGUGUUGUCCCUCAAAAUCAUAUAUUUGUUCUAUGCCACCACAACAAGGAACAUUAUGUACAAAAAUGCCCAUAACAAGAUAUUAUUUUAAUAUUGUUACUAAAGAAUGUGCCAAAUUUAGUUAUAAUGGAUGUAAUGGAAAUUUAAAUAAUUGGCCUUCAAUAGAUCAAUGUAAAAAUUUUUGCCAUUCAUCAGCAUGUACACCUGGUGAUGUUGCUUAUAUAAAUCCAAAUACAAAUUUACCAUAUCAAUGUAAUCCUGUUUUAACAAAUACAUGUCCAACAAAUUUUAAAUGUUUAUUUGAUCAAUUAACACAAUUAUCAGUUUGUUGUGGUGCUACAAAUAUGAAUGUUUGCCCAGAAAAUGAGAAAGCAUUUGUUAAUGCUGCUGAUAUGUCUGUUAGAGAAUGUCUUGUUAAUGUUGAAGGUUCAUGUCCAACAAAUUAUUUAUGUAGAUUUAAUCCUCAAAAAAAUAGAUAUUAUUGUUGUAGUAGUAUAACAGGUGAAUUAUGCCCAUCCGGAAAAGCUGUAGUUAGGGAUAAUUUAAAUAAAAAUCCUAUGAGAUGUAAUUUUAAUGGUGGUAAUAAUCAAUGUCCAAGUGGAUAUAGUUGUCAAACUUCUAUAUCUGGUGCUUUACAAGGAUAUUGUUGUUCUAAUAAUUAUGUAUGUCCAAAUAAAGGUGAUUUUUAUAUUGAAGAAAAUAGUCAAAUGCCAAGAUCAUGUACACCAGGAGCAUUUAUUGGUUGUCCUACAGGAUAUUCAUGUCAACCAUCUUCAUCAGAUUUAAGUAAAGGUUAUUGUUGUAAAGGAGAAAUUAUUUCUAUUUCAGAUGGAUGUCCACCAAAUGAGUAUGUUUAUAUGAAAAAUAAUAAUGUUAUAGAAUGUGAUCCAUUUAAUCCAAAUAAUAAUCCAUGUCCAAAAUCAUAUACAUGUCAAUGGGGAAAUCAAAGAUAUCAAUGUUGUGGUAAAGAACCUAUUUUAGAAAGUAUGGAAGAGGCAAAUAAUUAUGGUUGUCCUAAUUUCCAAGUAGCAUUUAUUAAUCAAAUGACAAAAUAUCCUGAAUCUUGUACUUCAUCAGGUCCAAAUACAUGUCCAUUAGGAUAUUUUUGUCAAUUUGUAAAUAAUAGUCAUUCUGGUUCAAGUCAAUAUAUAUGUUGUGGUAAUAAAAGUGGAUGUCCUGGAAAUAGUGUGGGAUAUAUUGAUAUAUCAGGUUAUCCAAAAGAAUGUAAAAUGGAAUUAUCAAAUCAAUGUCCUGAAGGAUUUUCUUGUAAAUCUACUGAUAAAAAAGGAAAAUAUGUUUGUUGUACAAAUACAGAAAAUGAUGUUAAUACUUAUACAAAUGAAAUAAUAAAAGUAGCUAUGAAUCCUAUAUUAAUAACAAGUCAAAAUACAUCUAAAAAUAAGUUAAGACGUCUUAGUAAACAACAUAAAUUAUUAAAAUUAGCAAAUGUUACAUUACCACCGUUAACAAAUAUUUCAACAAAAAAGAAAAUAAAAAAAUGUCAAAUAACAGAAACAAUUAAGAAUAAAAAAUGUACACCUAGAAUUAUAGGUGAUAAAUGUAUAAAAAAUAUACAAUGUCCUGAAACAACACAAUGUUUAGAUAAUAAAUGUUCAUGUCCAUCAAAUAAAAUUGAAAAAAAUGGUAAAUGUAUUGAUAUUGAAGAAGAGAUAAAUGAAGAAGAAUAUUUUGAAUAUGAGGUUGAGUAUGAUGAUGAUGUUAUAAUAUGUAAAACAAAUGAAAUUAAACAAGAUAAUAAAUGUUAUCGAAAAGCUGUUGUUGGAGAAAAAUGUGAAAUAGAAAAUCAAUGUAUUAAUGGAGCAAAAUGUAUAGAUAAUUUAUGUUAUUGUCCAAAAAAUAUGGCAGGAUAUAAAAAAAGAUGUAUAACAAAUAUAUGUGGAAUCAGUAAUAAUAGAAUACCAGUAUUAUCAAUAAAUUCAAAAGCAUUAUUAUGUCAAAGAAAAAGUUGUCCAAAUGGUUCAACAUGCCUAAAAUCAGCAAUGAUAAAUGAUUAUGUUUGUUGUUCAACAAUUGAUGGUAAAGCAAUUGGUAGUAAAAAAAUAGUUAAAAAAAAAAUUUUAUUAAAAAAUAAUAAUACAAAAAACAAUACAAUUAUAACAAUGGAAGGAUCAAAAUGCAAAAAUGAAUUAAUGCCCUUAUUAGAAAAAAAUACAAAAAAAAUUGUACAAUGUUCAAAUAAAAAAUUAUGCCCCAAAAAUUAUGUUUGUGUGGAAGAUCAAUGUUGUAGAAGAGAAACAAAAAUAUUUUCAGGGAUUUAUAUGGAUGAUCCAAAUAUAAUGCUACCUCCAAAAUCAGAUAUUCCUAUUUGUGAUGAAAAUAGUGUACUUGUGACAUACGAUGAUAACGGACAAAAUGUCUAUUCAUGUGAAAUCGAAUGUCCUGAUAAACAGUCUCCAAUCAACGGUAUUUGUAUUUCAGAUAACUAA